AAAUCAGAAAUAGACAUCACUGCAGGAGAAGAAAAUCUCUUCUGAGUGCUUAAAGGAGUUCAGAGGUUUCACUUUCGUUGCUUUUUCUCUUCUUCGGUUUUCUGUAAAUACUGUAAAGAGACAUUUAGGAAGAUGUGAUGUUGGAAAACGUCUUAUUUAGGAGGAGCUUUGAUUCUGAGGAUCACAUCAUCCCAAAGGAAUUGCUGGAAAUUUGUUUUCAUUACCCUGGAGCUCUAGUUGUUCUUUUCUUUUCUUUCUCUGCUUUUCAGGAAGAACUGUUCUUCGGGAGGAAAAAAAAUAUUUUCCAGCUUUUUCUGGAAUGCAUUGAUUUGGAAAGUUGCGUUUUCUUCUUGGAGCUUUUCUUCCUGAAGGAUCUGAGGGCGCUUUGUGUUCUAAUUCAGAGUCACUGAUCUCUUCAGUUUGUUGAUGGUUAUCUUACUGCGAUUGGAUAUCGUUCAUUAAAGUAAAGUUUUAUCGUCACCAUGGCAACUUCACCGAGCUUCGGCUUCACGCAGGAGCAGGUGGCGUGUGUGUGCGAGGUUCUUCAGCAGGGUGAAGAUCUCGAGCGGCUCGGUCGAUUCCUGUGGUCACUUCCAGCGUGCGACCGUCUGCACAAGAACGAGUCGGUGCUUCAGGCCAAAGCGGCCGUGGCUUUUCACCGAGAAGACUUCGGCGAGCUUUACCGGAUCCUCGAGAGCCACCAGUUCUCCACGCAGAGCCACGCCGUGCUGCAGCAGCUGUGGCUCAGGGCGCACUACGCCGAGGCCGAGAGGCUGCGCGGGCGUCCGCUCGGUGCUGUCGGAAAGUACCGCGUACGCCGGAAGUUCCCUAUGCCGCGCACCAUCUGGGACGGAGAGGAGAUGAGCUACUGCUUCAAGGAGAAGUCUCGCUCCGUGCUGAGGGACUGGUACACACACAACCCCUACCCCUCUCCCCGGGAGAAACGGCAGCUUGCCGACACCACCGGACUGACCACCACACAGGUCAGCAACUGGUUCAAGAACCGGAGACAGAGAGACCGAGCUGCUGAGGCCAAGGACAGAGACAGUGAAGAUCUCAGCGUUAAUAAAACUCUUCAGGUCUGCAGCUCUGAUGAAGAUGAAGAGCAGCUCUUUCCUUCACGAAGCCCCGCCCCCAGAUCCUGCCCAAACCACGCCCCCCAGCCGAACCUGAGACCCAGCAGGAGCCUGAACCCAGACUCACAUGGUACCCAGAACCGGUACACACACUGUACAAAGAACCUCCUCACAGAGCCGGGACCUUAAAGCUGAUUAUUAUUAUUAUUAUUAUUAUUAUUAUUAUUAUUAUUAUUAUUAUUAUUAUUAGCGUUAUGUAUUAAAACAUGAGACUAAAAUACACACUCACACAGACACAAACUCUCUCUCUCAGUUUUAUACAGUCGUUUUUUCACUCCAGCUGAUUAUGUGGAUUUUCUAAAGCUUUUCAUCAAGAAAACAACAAACUUCAUUCUGUUUGCUCUUUUAACACAGAUUUAAUAGUUUUAAUGACGUCAUUAAGUGCAUCAUUAAACAGACCGAGGAAAAGAUCUAAA